UCGGCCCAGUCAUUCGUACCGAAGCGCCCGAAUAGGAAGUAGCUAUAUAUUUGUUUAGCUGAAAGUAUUUAUCAUUUUAAAAAAUCGCAAUAUGUUCGACUUACGUAUCGUUUUGAGCGUAAUUAUAGUGUUAUUUGCAAUACAUGAGAUUUCGUGUGAUGAGAGUGUAACGAUUCCUUAUAAAGGAAAGAACUACGAAUUCAACGUGAAAGCUCUGAAUCGUAAAAUUUUUUACAAUGUUCCCAUUUGGACGAUCGAAUCAACUGAAAGCGAAGAUUUGAUGUACACUUACGAGGGCGUCUCGAAAAUAAACGGCGUUUUGCACGAGGACGAGACGAUGAAGGCCAUUUUGAUUGAAAAAAAUAAUUGCACGUCGAACUGCUGGGAAGGAGUAUUCGGUUUAGGGACUUUGAGAAACGUAAUCAGUGACAAGCCCGAAGCAGAACUUCUGAGCAAAAAUCCAGAAUUCGAUAUUUCCGGGGUUUAUAAAAUGCAUGCUUUGAAAAACAGCGUCUCUAGAAAUGUGAAAAAAUCGAGGUCCAAAGUUGCCAGAAGUAAUAAUGACGCAUUUUAUCCGAAGUUAUUGAUCGUGAUCGACAACGCGCUUUUCAAAAAACUCGACAACGACGUCGAAUACGCCACGAAGUAUCUGAGCAUUUUCUGGUCCGCCGUUGAUUUGCAAUACCGGAACAUUACUCAACCGCAAAUCGAAGUGAGAAUCACUGGAUUGAUAAUAGCUAAGAAUGAUAAGGCUCUGCACUACGUCAGCGCGAAUUCGCCCGACGGAAAUAGCGUCAAUAUAGAUGAAGUUUUGUACGGAUCUAGAAAUGAAAAAGCUUUCAUCGACAGUACCAAUAUUACCGAUUACGACGCUGUCGUUACUAUGACCGGAUUGAGCGGAUAUGCCGAAGUUGGUCCGAACAAAGUUCGUGUUGGAAGUAGCGGAGUGUCAUGGAACGCAUCCAUAUGCAUGGACGACUAUUACUUCUCGGUCACCACCGACGACGGCUCUUUCAGCGGCAUACACAGCGCCAUCCACGAACUUGGUCACUUACUUGGUCUAGAUCACGACGCGGUUCCGGGAAACGCCUUCGAGUGCUUCCCAACGAGUCGUAAACAGCUGACUGUGAUGUGGCCGAGGUACGAGAAUCGAGAAGUUGAAAUUUGGUCGGAGUGCAGCGUCAGAGCUUUGAAGAUAUUCUCGGAGGACGAGAAUCUAUUCAGCUGCUGUGUCACUGAUCCUCACCAAUAAAUUAAUCAAUAAAUGAUAAUUAUACAACAAUAA